AUGCAUGUAAGUACAAAUCAAUUUAUUUAUUUACUGCAGAGAUCCAACCGAGGAGCGAGAAAAUCACGCGGUCAAAGGUCCAGAGAAACACCGCCAUCUCGGCGAUAUCGCCAGAAAAAUCAUUAUCAACAAAAUGAUCAAUUAACAAUUCCCGCAUCACCAAUAUUAAAUCAUUCUGUUGACCAUUUUUCUUGUCCAGUGGAAUCCUCUAAUGAUAAUAACCAGACGAUUGCUGCAAUUGACAAAGACAUAUUGCAAAAUGUCUCAGAUGUUGAUAUCUCCAAUAAAUUCUGUGCACUAACAACAGCAAACGAUGAAAUAGAGGAAUUACUCGGUUCUCAGUCAGAAACCACUAUUGAUCAAGACUUACAUCACUUAGAUCAGGAAGAAGAACAAUCAUCAUCGCUAUCAGAUAAUUAUGAUCAGUUUUCAAUUGAACUCCAGAGUGAUCCACUAGUAAAAAUGUUAAAUAAAAAUUUAUUAUCGAUACUAAAUGAAUAUUCACAAUUAAAUCAAGUUUCAUUAACAUUUCAAUUAAUAUCACGAUCAGGAAGUAGUCAUCAACCAACAUUCGCUGUUGCUGCUAUGAUUGACGAUCGACAAUAUUCAGCUAUGUUAGCUACAACAAAAAAAGAAGCAUCAUUAGAAGCAGCAAAACGAGCUCUAUUUCAAUUGACAAAUGAGGCGAGAGCGUCACAAAAAUUUCUACAACCAAAUUCAAAUUCACUUCAUGAUCGUGUUGCAUUAAAAUCAUUAUUAAAAUAUCAAAACUUAUCGAUAUCAGUACAAUUAGAGUUGAUCGGUUGUAAAGUAUUAGCAGCAUUUUUAAUUGAAAAUAUCGAUGAAGACAAUAGUUUACAAGUAAUUAGUUUAGCAACAGCUAGAAGAGGAUUUCUAAGAUAUGUUUAUAAUCAACUUGAAUGUGCAUUAAAAUAUAAAGAAUCAAUAUUUGAAAAAUCGACAGCAUUGAAAUAUCAGUUAAAAUCAAAUAUAAAAAUUCAUUUUUAUACGUCAGUUGCACCAUGUGGUGAUAGUGCCUUGUUUAUUUCACGUGAUAAAUUAAAUGAAACUCCAUUAAACGAACAACAACAUCAUCAGAUGUAUAAAACAGCGCGUACACAAGGACAAUUACGGUCGAAAAUAGAAAAUGGUGAAGGAACAUUGCCCACAGAAUCAGCUACCUAUUAUUUAUCCUAUGAUGCGAUCGUUAAUGGUAUGCAUGUUAAAAAUAUGUCAUGUAGUGAUAAAAUAUGUCGAUGGAAUUUACUUGGUGUACAAGGCGCAUUGUUGACAAACAUUAUCGAGCCAAUUUAUAUUAGUUCAAUCACUGUCGGUCAUCCAUAUCAUCAUGGCCAUUUAUGUCGUGCUUUAUGUUGUCGUUUACAAGAUUAUUUUUCCACGUGUCCAUUAUCUUCACCCUAUCACUUAAAUCAUCCAAUUAUCGGUCAUUCGAGCUUGGAAUGGAAACAAACAUCAAAGCAACGAAAUAUCGAUGAUAGUUUAAAUUGGAAUGAUCAUGAUCAAACGAUUGAGUUACUCGAACCUGCCAUUGGAAAGCAAAAACCGACAAAUACUACAUCGCGUUUGAGUAAACGUGACUUAUUUAUACUCUUUAAAAAUUUAUUAGAACUCAAUGAUGAUUAUAAACGCUUGUAUUCAACAAAAAAUUAUUAUCAAACAAAACAAGCAUCUCAAUUAUAUCAAAAUUGCAAACACGAAUUGUUUCGAGCAUUUGAAGUUUAUUACAAUACAGGCUGGAUAUGCAAAGAUCCAUCAUUAUCAAUGUUUAAUAUUCGGAAAAAAGUACCAGUGACAAUAUUAUUAUCAACUGUUAUGGCAUCAAAAAGUUUGGCAACAUUGGGUGGUGGUUGUUUUUGGUGUUUAGAGGCUGUAUUUCAACGUUUAAAAGGCGUUGAAACAGUAGUGAGCGGUUAUGCUGGUGGCAAAGGAUCAAAUCCAACAUAUGAGGCUGUUUGUAGUGGUAAAUCAGAUCAUGCUGAAGUUGUACAAAUCACCUACGAUCCACAAACAUUAGCCUACAAACAACUAUUAGAUAUCUUUUUUUACAUACACGAUCCAACAACAUUAAAUCAACAAGGUAAUGCAUCUAACAUUAGCAUUUGAAACUACUAUCCGUUCCAAAAUACAAGAGCCCUAGUCAUUUUUUGAAUAACUUUUGAUACAAGAUAGGUAGAGACUUACGAUUUUUAGCAUUUGAAAUAGGACACCUGAACACAUAUUUUCGUAAGGAAAAACAAUUUCGGAAAAGUUUCUAAAGCCGAUUUUUCAGAGGAUCUUUGGAAAACCAACUCCGUUUUCAGAAAAUUAACAUACAAUGUUAGUAAUUUUUUCGUAUGCGUAGAUAGUCCGGACAUUAUUCUACAAAGUUAUGCAAAUCCCAGCUCUCCAGCUAUCGUCUUUUGGACAGGGUUCGCUUUCCCCGAGCACGUGUCUGUCUCCUAGCAGACAUCUUUGGGAAUCUGGAAAUGCCCUCGAAUAUAGGUAAUCGACUACGGCGAGCAUAGUGGUAACAUUUGUUAUUGUGAAAUGAAAAUGACUUCGCCAGGGGCUUUUAGUGAAAAACUGUUUUUUCGCCUGCUACUUGCAAAAAUUAAAAUCCUUAUAUCUCGGUCAAAUCCCCUACUGACUCAACGAAAUUUUCAGGAAACGCCCAGAACAGCUCAUAAAUCAUAAUCGAAGACGAAAAAGGUGAAUUCCAGCU